ACGCACGACGGCACAGAGCGCACGGGAUUCGCAAGCGCACCACGAGAGGAGAGGAGCCAAAGCCAAAAGAGCCGGCGAGGAGGAGGAGGAGGAAGGGGCGUCCACCAUGGGCGUGAGCCUGGCGCAGGCGGUGGCGGAGCUGGUGGGCAGGUGCGCGCGGCGGCUGUCGCGGGCGGCGCGGCGGCUGCACGUGCGCCGCCCGCCGGGCUCAUCCUUCCCGUCGCGCGCCGUCGUGCCGUUCCUCGGGGCGGCCGGGGGCAAGGCCAAGAGAGCGCUGUCGUGGCCGGCGACGUCCUCGUCGAAGAAGGGGAGGGAGGCGGGGCCGACGGAGGAGUGGGGCAUGGAGGCGGACGACGGGGUGUGGAGGAAGGAGAUACUCAUGGGCGAGCGGUGCCAGCCGCUGGACUUCUCCGGGGCCAUCUACUACGACGCCGAGGGCCGCCGCCUCGGGGCCCCGCCCACGCCGCGCACGCCCAUGCGCAGCCCGCUGCCGGCCUCCCUCAAGCUCGCCGCCAACGCCUGAUCGCCCCACCCCCCACGCCGGCCCGCCGUCGUCGCAGCGGCUCGCCCUGCGACUUGGCCAAGAUCCAUCCAUGCCUCUCCCUCUGCCUCACUGCUGUACUGUACAUGGUUCUAUUGCCGCUCUGUUUUUCCUUCGCUCAUCUCCUCUCGAGAAACCUCUGCUUUUGGCGUGCGUAGCGACCAGCUAGUGAGCACCGUGACACCGUGUAAAAGAAGUUUUAAUGAACAGUAUUACUAAAUCUCA